CAAAGCUUCCUGUGAUCUUUCUGCUUUGCUCAACGAGGCAGCUAGGGAGUCAGAAGAAAUUCAGGCACAGUCCUUUGACCUGCACAGCAAAGGGAAAACCGUGACCACAGAAUGGCCACAGCAGGAAAAGCCAUUAAAUGCAAAGCUGCUGUUCUUUGGGAGCUCAACAAACCCUUGUCCAUUGAGGAAGUAGAAGUUGCCCCACCCAAGGCCAAUGAAGUUCGAAUUAAGAUUGUGGCAACAGGAAUCUGUCGCUCUGAUGACCAUAUGAUAAGUGGGUCAUGGUAUUACCCCCUCCCAGUAAUCCUGGGGCAUGAGGCUGCAGGGAUUGUGGAAAGCAUUGGAGAUGAGGUGACUUCCGUAAAACCAGGUGACAAAGUCAUCCCACUCUUUACUCCACAGUGCAGGAAAUGCAAAGUUUGUAAGCACCCGAAUGGCAACUUUGCACUGAAAAUGAGUAGCAUAAGUGCCACUAAAGGCACUUUGCAAGAUGGUACCACCAGAUUUACCUGCCGAGGGAAGCCAAUUCAUCAUUUCCUGGGCGUCAGCUCCUUCAGUGAGUACACAGUGGUAGAUGAAAUCUCCGUUGUAAAGAUUGAUUCAUCUGCUCCUCUGGAAAAAGUCUGCCUGAUUGGCUGUGGAUUUUCCACUGGUUAUGGCUCUGCAGUAAAAGUUGCCAAGGUCACUCCUGGCUCUACUUGUGUUGUCUUUGGCCUGGGAGGAGUUGGCUUAUCAGUGAUCAUUGGCUGCAAGACAGCUGGAGCCUCCCGGAUCAUUGGCGUGGACAUUAACAAGGACAAAUUUGCAAAGGCCAAAGAGUUAGGUGCUACUGAGUGCAUCAACCCUCAAGACUACAAGAAACCAAUCCAAGAUGUGCUAGUUGAAAUGACCGAGGAUGGCGUUGAUUUUUCAUUUGAAGUUAUUGGACGUCUGGACACACUGACAGCUGCCUUUCUAGCCACCAAUCAGGCUUUUGGAGUUUGUGUCAUGGUGGGUGCCCCUCCUAUUGGCCAAAACAUUUCUUUCAAUCCUAUGCUGCUUUUGACUGGACGCACCUGGAAAGGAGCUAUUUUUGGAGGUUUUAAAAGCAAAGAUGAUAUCCCCACGCUGGUCUCUGAUGUUAUAGCCAAGAAAUUUACACUGGAUCCAUUAAUAACACAGGUUUCUACUUUUGAUAAGAUCAAUGAAGGAUUUGACAUGCUGCGCUCAGGCAAGAGCAUUCGCACCGUUCUGAAAAUGUGAGACCAAUCACAUGGCCCCAUCUUGCCAGCAUUCUUAUUGUAUCUGUAAGGAGUAGCAGGACAUCAAUAAAAGCUUUCAAUAAUUCAAUCACCAGGUUGACCAAUGGAAGCCUGCAGCUGAACUGAUUAAUGAUGAAUAUGAAUGGAUUUUUAAGACACUGUCUCAAAUUCAUGUUGAAUGAAGGGAAAUAAGAAAAGUUAAUUAAGAGCUUGAUAGAAGGUCAUACUUUUCAGUUUCAUCAUUGUUAAGUAUUAGACCUUAGACAACUGACAACCUUCAGUCAAGUGGCAGAAAGCCAUCAUCAUCCAUGCCCCUUCCUCAUUGAUGAGCCAUUAUGCUUGCUACUUUCUGCCUCUCUGCCUUCUCCCUUUUUCUCAUCAGCAAAUGUUUGGGGCUCCAUUCAGAACAUGUCAAUAUAAAAAAUAAAACUUGCUGAAUUAAAAUACA